AUGGAAGUGUUUGAACGAGUGUUUUGGGCCUUUGGUCCUUGUAUCGACGGUUUUAAACAUUGUAUGCCUGUUAUCUGUAUCGAUGGGACGCACUUGUACGGGAAGUACAAAGGAACAUUGUUGGUUGCUACAAGUGUGGAUGCAAACUUCCAAGUAUUUCCGCUAGCAUUUGCGGUGGUUGAAGGGGAGAACACUUCCAGCUGGUCUUGGUUCCUGGGCUGCAUUCGGGUUCAUGUCACGCAACGAGAUGGCCUCUGUGUUAUAUCAGAUCGACAUCCUGGGAUCAUUGCAGCAAUGAAUGAUCCUAACGUUGGAUUCACCGAGCCGCGAGCCUAUCACAGUUUUUGUGUUCGCCACAUAGCUUCUAACUUGAAGACUCACGUGCGAAGCAACGACAUGAGAGACAUGUUCAAGGCUGCGGCGUACCAAAGGCAAAAAAGAAAACUUCAAGUUGAUAUGUGUUUCAUCGGUGAGGCAUGUACCAAGGCCAUGGAGUAUAUUGUUCAAGUCCCGUUCACUAUGUGGUCUCUCUUUCACGACGCUGGUCGCAUAUAUGGGAUAUGUACUACAAACUUCUCUGAAACAUUUAACAGUGUGUUGAAGGGAGCUCGAUUUCUACCGAUCAUGUCCCUUGUCGAGUUAACUUUCCACAAAGUUAACAGGUAUUUCACUUUGAGAAGGGAGUCUUCUGAGGCUAUGUCUGCACAGGGACUUGCAUACCCCCCCCCCAAGGUCACUGUCAUUCUGGAGAAGAACACCGCAAAAGCCAGAUAUCACAAAGUGGAUGCGUAUAACCGCCGGUUGCAUAUUUACCAAGUUAUAACAGAAAGGGGAGAGCGUCUUGGUAGUAAAGGAGGCCAUAAACAUACUGUUAACUUUCAGUUGAGAACGUGUGCAUGCAACAAACCAAAGAUAUUCCACCUCCCAUGUUCUCAUGUUCUAGCAGUCUGUGUGACGUAUUCACUAUCAGAGCGGCCGUGGGUGGACCCUGUGCUGCAAUCGGAGGCUUACAUGAACACCUAUGCACCACAAUUCUGGCGUAUCCCCUGCGAGACAACCUGGACACAGUAG